AUGAACAGUUACACCGCGCCCGCCUGUCAAUCAGCUCCAUCACCACCCGCUCCACUGACACCAGCAGAGAACCCAUGCUUUCUGCGCAUGCUCAGUUUCAGUCUCUCCCUCUCGCGCUCUCUCUCAUCCUCAUCCUCCUCAUCCUCCUCCAGCAGCCUCCAUCUCUCCGGAUGUCCUCCUGACUCCUGCCCGGCCGCGCGGCUCCCUCUCCAGAAAGUGACAGCGAUCAUCGAGAUGAGAGGAGCAAAAUGUGGGAAUAAGUAAAUACCAAGUGAUGAUGUCGACAGGAGCGAUGGUGAAGACAUGAGCACAGCGAGCCGACGUCCAUGGAGUCGUCUUUUAACGCCGUAGAGCUCAGAGAGCUGCGGGGCGGGGUAGGCGGGCGGGGCGUGUCUCCGACUCCGCCCUCGUCCUCCUGGACAGCGAGCGCAGCGGGAUGCUCAGUCCGCGGGUUCGAGAACGCCUCCUACCAGCAGGACGAAGAGUACGACUACCAGCAGGGGGCGACCGUGUCUGCAGGAUGUCCGCCUUCUACUUCAGCGAACAGCAAGGUGGAGCAGCGUCAGGAGCUCUCUCCACGCUCAUACGAUGAGGAGGAUGGCGGUGGCGGCGGUCAGGAGGAAAGUCAGGACUUCACCGAGUAUAACCCCGCCGACGAUCACUCUGCAGACUAUGGCUUCAUCUUCGCCCUAGUGUUCCUGGUGAGCGGGAUCGUCCUCGUGGUCAUCGCCUACACCAUCCCCCGAGAGGCCAAAGUGGACCCCAACUCGGUGUCUGCGCGUCAGAUGGAGAAGCUGGAGAUGUACUACGCCCAGCUGGGCGCGCACCUGGACAAGUGCAUCAUCGCGGGGCUGGGCCUGCUGACGCUGGGCGGGAUGUUCCUGUCCGUGCUGCUCAUGGUGUCCAUCUGCAGGGGCGAGAUGUACCGACGCAGGGCGGCGUUCGUCCGACCCAAGAGGACUUAUGGCUCCAUCAACCUGAGGAUGAAGCAGCUGGCGACGGGGGAGGACGAGGGAAGGGAGGGCGGGGAGGGCGGUGGGGAGUUUCAGGUUGAACACUCAGAGACAAGGAAUCAAACCCAGGCCGGACCGAGCAGGAACCCUCCUCCUGCUGCUGCUUCUUCUUCUUCUUCUUCUUCUUUAAAUGCUGCACACGGAGUCAUCUAAGCGUCCUCUACUUUCACUUUGCAGCCGCCCUCUGAGCAAGCUGUAACCAUGGGGGACGCAAAGCGAUGCAAGUCCCCCGUUUGUGCCGACUGGAGGAGCACGUGUCGAGCGCAAGUCUGCUGGAGCGAGUGUGAGGAUAUUUAUUCUGACCAAUCACAGACUGACUUAAAGAGGCAGAAGAAGAAGAAGAAGAAGAGAGGUAAGAAUGUGGCAGCGUGGGAACAGAGCACACUAAUGAGAUAAACACUAUAUCACAGUUUGAAUAUAUUAUGAAAGUGUUGAAGCACAUUGUGUGCGACGGCGCUGCACGCUGCUGCAGAAAAAACUUUAUUUAUGAAGUCAAAUGUUGAAAUGAUCUGUCACGCUCCUUACGUAGCUGUUAGAUUAAUGUGAUGACAUACUCCACCUGCUGCUGUGAAUAAGUCUAGAAAGCGUCUUUAUCGGGACAUCGACACAGAGAAACGUUGACGUGUGCUGGUCGCUCACACACGGAUAAACAUUCAGAACGAGAUAUUUCACUCCGGUGUGACGUUUAUGAGCUACAGCAUCUGAAAAUACAAACAUGGUUAAACCUUCCUGAGAGAGAUGGACUUUCAGUUUCUGCGAUCUGAUCUGUGCAAUAAAAAAACGAAACAACGAGUUUUUAAAAAGAAGCUUUUUAGCGUCUUUAAGCUCUUUGUUUCGGUUUCUUUUGAGUGGAGAAAGUCCAAGACUUCAUCUCGUGAAAUAAAAACGUCAUCGAUCUACAAAACGAGGACUGACGUUUGAUUUCAAAGUUUAUUUUAACGUUUACUUUGAUAUCUACGUUAUUUUACCCUAGAGGCCACCCUGACGACCACGAGCGAAGUGCGACGAAAACCGACUGCUGCGUCCUCUUCUGUCCGCCGCUGUCGAGCCAAAAGUCUAACUCAGUUCAAACGCCAAACAGCUCGUUGCUGAUUGGUUAGUGUGGGAGAGGCGAGAACUCGAGGAUACACAAACAGCGGCGUUUGAACACUCGUUCAUAAUUCUUCGUCAACUUACUGACGCUACAUGAGAAAGGACUUCUGUGCGUCGACUCUCUCUGACCAGCCCUGGCAGGCCCCGCCCCCUGACGGUGGGCUCGGUGUGUACCUCCCCUAACAAAAACAUUAGCUUGAGAAGUCUUCCUCUGCUGCACGGCCUCAGAUUAAUAUUAGCGUGCGACCACAAAAGGUUUUACUUAAUGGUGCUGAACACACCACCACGAGGUGCAGGUUGUUUUUGGAGCCCCCUUGUGGUCAAACAUUGCAAGAGAAUCUAAAUCGGCGUUUAUUUCGAUGUAAGUUUCUGAUUUGUCAGACAGCUUCGACUGCUGCGGGCUGUAAAUGUCACACAUGAUGAGAAAUGUUUUUCUCAGUCAUAAAGACGUGAAGUCUGAUUUCUGACGAACACAAAGAUGUUUUAUGAUGAAUGAACCUUUAAUGUGGCACAGCGCCCCCUCCUGUGUAUGAUAUGUAAACACGUUAUUAAUGUCUUAUUAUGCCUUAAUGAGUAAACACACACACACAGUACUACACACACACACACACACACAGUACUACACACACACACA